CCUGCACCAUACCUUGUGGCGGUAUUUCCUGAAGUUAGAUCAAAAGAAUAUUCUUCUGGAGUUGUUGAGUGAUGUGUUGUCCAGUGCAUUCGAUAUUUCCAAAAAACCACCGGACACCCCCUCAUUCGACCCCCUAAAUCAUCCCCCAUCAUCACGAAAAUAACCCAUUACCCAGGGAAAUGUUGUCACUGAACAAUAAUUUUCUCUAUUUAAAGUGAUCACGUCAGAUUUCAGGUGCUUUUUCAAGAAUGAGUUAAAUCUGGAUUGUGCCAAUUUUUGCUGAUUAAACAAACAAACAGUGACAUUUUUGGGAAGUUAUUGUAAUUUUUUUAACGUCCAAACAUGGGAUUUUCAACGAGCCUCCAGAGCCAGGCAUCCCGCGAGGCCCUUCUGGGUAGACAGGACGCGGAAAUUAAACUCCUUGAGACCAUGAAAAGGUGUCUGACAACUAAAGUCAAGUCAGAUCGUGAAUAUGCCUCGACAAUAUCAUCACUGAGUAUUCAGGGUAAAAAAGUUGAACGCUGUGAUGACCUCGUUGGCAGCCUGAUCACACAGAGCUGGAGAGACAUCAUGGACUCGAUUGAUCAGACUGCCAAGUUGAUCAAGCAACAGGCGGAUUCAAUGGAGAACGUUGUUGUUGAGCACAUCAAUAAUCUACAUGUCGAGAGGAGAAGAGCCAGGAAACUGUACCAGGAAGAGCAGGCCUGGCUCACUAAUCAGUUUCAGCAGUUGAGCGAGGAUGUUGCCAGGAAGAAGACAGAGUACCAGAAGAAUUUGGAGAUGUACAAACUCGCACGUUCGCGAUUCGAGGAACAUUAUGUUAAAUCUGGGAGAGGAGGGAGAAAGUUGGACGACGUGAGAGAGAAAUAUCAAAAGGCUUGUCGUAAAUUACAUCUCACUCACAAUGAGUAUGUGUUACUACUCGGUGCUGUCACAGACUGCGAACAGGAUCUUCGGAAUUGCUAUCUGCCGAGUCUUCUACGCAGACAACAAUCCCUUCACCAGGAGUUCAUCGUCGCUUGGAAGAAAAUUCUGCAAGACACCGUGAAAUACUCCCACUUUGCUUCUGAGAAAUUUAUAGAGAUUCAGGCGCAGAUGAAAGCUGCUGCUGAUUCAGUGAAUCCUCUCGAAGAGUACAAGGAUUUCAUUGGAAAACAUCGGACUCGACCGGCGUCACCUCUUGGCCUCUUAUUCGAUGAGAACUUAGUCGACAAUACGUCUGGCAAGCUAUUACCAAACAAAUUGACCGUGGAUAAUCUAACGAUUGACUGGUUACGUAGCCGUUUGAGUGAACUCGAGAGUUCCUUGAAGGGAGUACAGCUGUUUCGCCAGAGUAUACAGUCAACCGAAAAUAACUCCGAUCCCAGCAAGAUGACACCACUGCAUUAUUUGAGGGAAAGAGAGGAACUGGCAUUACGUUGUCAGGAGAAAAAAACAUCACGACAGGUGGAAAUUAUUCGUGGAGCUUUGAAUGAAUUGGGCUGCGAGGAAUUACCAUCUGGGUGUGACUUGUCAAUGGAAGGGUCGUUCACGGAACCCUCAACACAAUCGAAGAUAUCCUUGAAAUUAAAAAAAUUUCAGAAAACUGUAGGUCCAGAUAAUGGAUUAUUUACACUGAGACGAAAUCAACAUCUUCUGACUAUGAUUAAAAAAUCACCACUCAAAUAUUUUCCUUCCGUUAAUGAUACAAAUAAUAUAGCAAAGCCACACAGUGCUGGGUCCUCACCAAAACCAAUUCGCGUAACUCCGUCUCGUCAUACCGUGCCCAGUGGAUUAAAUAACUCCUCGACGAACGAGAAGACCAGCGGAGAUUUAAUCGAAGAGGAAUGGUUCCAUGGAGUAUUACCUCGUGAAGAAGUCGUUCGACUGUUAGUGGUCGAGGGUGACUUCCUAGUGAGAGAAACAACUCGCAACGACGAGUGUCAAAUUGUCCUGUCAGUGUGUUGGGACGGUCACAAGCAUUUUAUCGUUCAAACAACGUCUGAGGGUCAUUAUCGGUUCGAGGGACCGACGUUUCCAUCGAUUCCGGAGUUGAUAAGACACCAGUGGAAGUCUGGACUGCCCGUCACCAGUCGAUCUGGAGCUGUACUGAAGACACCGAUUCUGAGGGAGAGGUGGGAGUUGAACAACGACGAUGUCAUUCUCCAGGAGAAAAUUGGACGUGGUAAUUUUGGAGACGUUUACAAAGCGAAAUUACACUCGUGUCAGACAGAAGUUGCUGUUAAAACGUGCAAAGUUACACUUCCUGAUGAGCAGAAACGUAAAUUUCUGCAAGAGGGACGAAUACUCAAGCAAUAUGAUCAUCCAAAUAUCGUCAAACUCAUCGGGAUUUGCGUGCAAAAACAGCCGAUUAUGAUUGUUAUGGAGUUGGUGGCAGGUGGCUCCCUCUUAACGUAUUUGCGAAAAAAUGCUUCGACGAUGAGCCAGAGGGAGCAGCUUCGUAUGUGCAAAGAUGCAGCUGCUGGAAUGAGAUAUUUAGAGUCAAAAUAUUGUAUUCACAGGGAUUUAGCUGCGCGGAAUUGCCUCGUUGGUAGUGAAUCCAUUGUCAAGAUAUCAGAUUUUGGAAUGUCCAGGGAAGAGGAGGAGUACAUUGUGUCGGAUGGAAUGAAGCAAAUUCCCAUCAAGUGGACUGCACCUGAAGCUCUUAAUUUUGGAAAAUACACUUCAUUAUGCGAUGUUUGGAGUUAUGGAGUCCUCAUGUGGGAGAUAUUCUCAAAGGGAGGAAACCCUUACAGCGGAAUGUCCAAUUCACAAGCUAGAGAAAAAAUCGAUGCUGGAUAUCGAUUACCAGCGCCUGAUAACACACCCGAGGAGGUCUACAAUCUAAUGCUGAGAUGCUGGGAAUAUGAACCGGACAAAAGGCCCCAUUUCGAACAAAUAUACAAUAUAAUUAAUGGCUUGUGUCAGUCACACGUGUGAACAGUUUAUCGAUAAGAUAACUCGUCUCAGUAAUUAAUAUCGCGUUCCCAUUAGCGAUCAGGGAAUCAAAACAUCAUCGAAUAACAAUUACCCGAAAUACAUCAGAUUAAUUUACGAAUAAAAACUCAUUGGAAUUUCAAGUUCACGUACGUCGAUUUAAAAAUUGAUUGUAGGAUUAAAUAUCCCAUCAAAAAUACUCCCCCCCCCCCCCCCCGCCGCCACCUCAAGUGUUAAAAUUUCCAAUAAAAAAAAAUCCACCUCUAAAAUCAGUACCGAAGAGGUACACGAAAUAAGUUGACUUAUCAUUGCGCUAAGUUUUUCAGCAAUAUCUCCGAAUCUAAGAGAGAUAGCGAAAUUUUUGUUAUUACAUUUGUUAUAGUACUCAAUUCGCUCCACAAAAAAGGUCCCAAUAAAAAUUUCGCUAUCUCCCAUAAAUUUCGAGAUAUUCAUGAAAAACCUGGUCAGCAUUCAAAAUUAAUUUUUGUCGUUUUACCACUUCGCCAAAUGGCAAAAAAUCAAAUGAAAAAUAUAUAAAUAAAAAAAAAUAGAACACAAAAUCAAUAUCGCCAAAAUAAUCAUAUCAUUUUUACCGAGCCACAAUGCCAAUUACAUCGACACAUCAAAUCAUUAAAAGAGGAAUAUCGCGUUUAUGUUGAUAGAUAAAUUAAGAAAUCGAUCGAGUGCACAAUAGAAUGGAAAAUUAAUUAAAUAUUAAGAAGAUUCAAUGAAUAAAUGUCUUUGGAUGUCUUCAAACUGUCCUCUCAUGUUCGCAGACAUUUUAUUUUGAAUUUUUUGGCGAAUCAGUCAUUAAAAAUUGGAUAUUACCCACUGGAUAUUUUUUACUGGACAGUUAGAUCGGCUCCUGGCAUUUGUAACACUCGAUGAUUAUUAUAAUUAGAUUAGGUAUUUGUACAUCUGAUGGAGAUGUCAGUGUUCUCAAUAUCGGCGAAUAUAACUACUUGUAUUACGCUUCUGAGCUGUUCUGCUCAUCGAUAUUUUUGAUACAGUUUUUGUGAUGUAACUCUAGAAAUGUAAACUCGAUCUAUUAAUUUGAGUCAUCAAUUCGAUUUGUACAGAAUUUAUAUUUAUUGUUAACUAUUAAUUUAAUGCUGCCGUUUAUAACUGCAUAAUCAUGAGGUUUAUUUAUUUAAACCAUUAGUUCAAGGCACAUCAUUGUAAAACGUUCAACAUGUCAUUGCUGUCAAAUUUCUGAAUCAUAUUAUUUUAUUUCCACAAUAGAAAAUUAUGUCAGAUGACAUUCUGCGACUAAGUUUUUAUACAGAUGAUUUAUUUUAUGAACGUUGUGUAGAUUAUGAAUUUAUUAAUUAUCUUUAACGUUAUGACAAUUAUAUUCUCCUGUUUGAAAGCUGUUUGUCAGGCUUAUUCCCUCAUUUUUGUUGAAUCUGCGCUGUGCAAUACGUUAUUUACUUACAGAUGUUUGCGUUUCAAUAUAAACAAAAAAGUGUAACGAUUUAUUUCGUGCUGAAUAUAAUGUGAUUACAGUCUUAUGUUUUAGUGGAUAAAAAAAAAUCGUUUGAAUCAUUCAUUAAGAUAACUUUAUUUUACUCAUUAAAAAAAAUUAUAAAUAAAGUUUUAUCAACUCGUCA